AUGGCGACCACUGGAAUAUUGAUGGCCGGCUUGACUGGUCUGGCAGCCUUUCUAUACGGGCCGCCUACUUCCCGAGUCCUCACCAAGAUCGGCGCCUUCAGGUCCCUCAGCUCGACACCACUGGCUAGCCCAGACGACCUUGUUGUCUUGAAAGACACUACUCACUGCGAGGAUAUCCAUUAUUACGCCCCUGCUCAUACUCUAUUCACCGCAUGCGAGGAUGUGAGCGCGACACGCUAUCAGUGGUUUCCACCUCUAGGCACCUUCGGCGAUGCGAACCUGGCGUGGAACAGCAAGGGAUCUAUUCACAUCAUCGACCCAGAGACCAGGGAGUCCAAGAGGCUUACCUUUGAGAAUUUUGACGGGCCUUUCGUCACCCAUGGCAUCGACGUUAUACCGGACCCAGAGAAGUCAGAGAGCGAAGCUGUCUACAUCUUGGCCGUCAAUCAUGUUCCAAACCAGGCUGUGUACCCGCGGGAUGGAAGCACGCCGGAGUCCGACCCAGGUACAGCUCCCAAGGCUGCCUCCAGGAUCGAGGUCUUCCACCACACCAUCGGCGGGGGCUCGGUCAAGCACGUCCGCACCAUCUCGCACCCGCUCAUCAAGACGCCCAACGACAUCUUCGCCGUCAGCCAGACAGAACUGUAUGUCACCAACGACCACUAUUACUAUGACGGCCAUAUGCGCCAACUCGAGGACCUGUGGCCUGGUGCUCAUUGGUCAAACGUGAUCCACGCAGUCGUGUCCGAGGACGGCAAAGUGGAAGCCAGCGUGGCGCUGGACAAGCUCCACAGCCCCAAUGGUAUGGGGCACGGGAGAACCGCGGAUGAGAUCCUGGUGACCAGCGCUGUUGACGGCCACAUGUGGGUUGGCAAGCUGGGGUCGUCGGGUGCGAAGACCAUCGAUGUCGCGGAGAUUAUCGAUAUCGAUUCUACCACCGACAAUCCGAGUUACUACUUGGACCCGUAUGCCAGUACUGGCGACGAUGUGAGCGGCUUUGUGCUCCCAGGCUUGAGCAGGGCCAUCGAUCUUGCUCGAUACGGCCACGAUCUCAAGGUGAAGGAGGGCGCGAUGGCUUGGCAUGUUACGCCUAGUAAGAACGUCACAGGGCAGUGGGACAAGAAGUUGCUUUGGGAAGAUGACGGUAGCAUCGUCAAGAAUGCUGCUGCCACGCUUCUGGUUGGGAUCGAUCCCAAGAAGGAGGGUGGAAAGAAGAAGGCCUGGCUCUAUAUCACUGGUUUCUCUUCCGAGAACAUGGCUGCAGUCAAGGUCGACCUGUCGUGA